AAAGCUAAUAGAUGAAUAGGAUUAAUUGAAGUUUUAAAUUCUUAAUUUGAGAGAAAAAUAAAUAUCUUUAAAUUAAUUUAAAUAAUAAUGAGUGAAUAAUAAUCAAAGGGAGAGAGUCAAGAAAACUCAAGUUUAUUAUCUUCAUAGGAAGAAUAAUAAAAGAAAUAAGUAAAAGCAGCAGAAUUAGUAAAUCUGUCAAAAGGAUCUUCAUAAUCGUUAAUUAUUAAUGAGUAAACUUCAACAAGAGAAGAAAGAAAAAUAAAAUAGUAUUUACAACGUAUACAAGAGAAAGAACGUCAAGAAGAGGUAAGUUUCCUUUAAUUUUAGUUUUUAAAAAGGCUGCUACACUUAAGCGUAAGCGGUCAAAGGUAUAAUCUUAAGUAUAUAUUAGCCAAAUCCUCCGUUGAAGUAAUAAGACAGUUAAGAAUAGCCAGGAAGCUAUGAAAAUAAAGAUGAAGAAGGAAAGUAAUCUAUGUUAAAAUGAAUUAAGUUAACCAAUAGCUUUGUCUCUUUAGUUAAAUCCAUUGUUAGUUCCAUAGUAGAGUGUUCAAUAGUCAGAAACACAAUCUUCAUAAACAAAGUUGAGACUCAACCCUAAAUUAAAAAUGAAAGUAUGAUAUUUUCAAUAUAUUAUUAAAAGGAAUAACAUCACAUCUAUUUAUACUUGUCUGAUUGCUAAGAUCGAAGUUAUGAAGGUAUCUAAAAAUUAUAAGCAUCUGCUACACAAUUAUAUUCACCAUAAAAAUAAGCAAAAGAUUAAACAAGUUUAAAUCAAAUAAAUUAAGAGAUAUUUUAAGAAACAUCAUAUUUAAUUAAAAAUAUUAAAAAUUAAUAUUAAUAAUACAUUGAACCAAUACAAAGUGUUAAUUCAAAUGAUUAGAAAGAAUUUUACAAUAAAUAUUUUGAUAAAAAGUACAUUGAGUCAGUUAUAAGAGAGAGUAGAUUGUAAAUUCAUAAGAAAUCUGGAUUAGAAAAAUAAACAUCAAUUGGAAAACAAAUUCCAAAAAAAUAUUGACUCUUAUAGAUCA